AUGGCGGUGACACUGUUCCAGGUAAUGGGCUUUGUGCUGGGCAUUUUGGGGCUAGGGGCCAUCGUUGCUGCUACAGCCAUGGACAUGUGGAGUACUGAAGAUUUGUACGACAACCCUGUCACGUCUGUCUACAGCUAUGCAGGCCUAUGGAGGUCAUGUGUAAGACAGAGCUCAGGAUUUACAGAGUGCAGACCCUAUUUCACCAUCCUGGGACUUCCAGGUCUUUUCCAAGGUGUGAGAGCGCUCAUGAUUGUGGCCAUCGUUCUUGGAGUUAUCGGAGUCCUCAUUGCUAUUUUUGCUCUUAAGUGCCUCAGAAUGGGCAGCAUGGAAGACCGGGUGAAAGCGACCAUGACUCUGACUUCAGGGGUCAUGUUUGUUAUCGCUGGGAUCUGUAGCAUCGCUGGGGUUUCCAUCUUUGCAAAUUUGAUCGUGACCAACUUUGCGCUUACUGCCUACACCUCACCCAAUGGUUUGGGCUUAGUUGGCUCUGGCCUUGUUGGGUCACCUCUCACUCCGAGAUACACGUUCGGCUCGGCCCUGUUCGUUGGUUGGGUUGGUGGAGGUGUUCUUUUCAUUGGUGGAAUCAUGCUGUGUUUGGCCUGUCGUGGACUGAUGCCUGAGAAACACUAUGAAGGAACUGCAUACAAACCUGCAACCCAAAGUGGCAUCUACAGGUCAGAAGGCUAUCCCAAGACUUAUAACAGCUCUUACAAGGCUCACAGCAUGGAUGGCAGACAAUACAACCAAAGAUUUGAUUAUGUUUGAAACUCGCUAAUGGGCAUGCGGGAUCGAUGACCAUGGGAUGGCCAUUAAUACUACCAGUGUAAAGUGGAACAGAAGCAACGCCAUGACAUAG